AUGUUUGGUCUGGAUUGUGGCUUCAGACCCCAACUCUUAAGUGUUUAUAGGACCGACUCCAAACCAAAUCCGGAUCUAUCGCUUCAGUCCGUCUCUGCAGGAUGUUGUCAUCUCCACCUACCACCCCCCCCCCCCUCCACUCCCUCUCCACUCCCUCAAACAGUGACCUCUGACCUCCACCGUGCUACCAUGGAAACCUACUGGAGAGAAGUGCGGAGCAUCGAGCAGGAGAAAGACGAAGAGGAGGAGGAGGAGGAGAGGAAGAGUAUGGACGAGGUGGAGCUGGAGGAGGCGUGGCUUACGGAGGCGGGGCUAUCCUCCCUGGUGACCGCCUCUUCGUCCGAGAAGGUGCUGCCGCCCGCCGAGGUGCUGCUGUCCACGCUGACACGGCAGCAAGCCGCAACGGUGAGGACGAGGCUGGACAACUACAACCAGACGCUGAAGACCCGAAACAAGCAGCCAAUCAGAGACGUCCGCGACAUCUUCACCGAGUUCCUGCACGACGACGACUCAGCAGAAAGAUGCCCCUCCCCCCCCCCACCGAGUCGGUACCACACCACCACCAAAACCAUCCGGCGAAACGCUCACAGAGUUCGACCAACGCUUCCUACAUUUGAUUUUGAAGAUCACCUACCUGAACACCCAUCAUCCCCAACACACACACACUCUUCAACACACACACACUCUCCUACACACACACACUCUCCAACAAAUACACACUCUCCUACACACACACACUCUCCAACAAACUCUCCUACACACACACACUCUCCAACAGACACACACUCCCAUUCUGUCAGCUGGUCGAGACGAGCUGAUUGGCUGCUGAGGGAAUCUCCGUACUCAGAAGGCGUUGCUGAGCACAAAAAGGGCGGGACUUGUUGGGACUGUCUUCGUUUCCACGGAGACAGUGGUGACCUGCCGUUUGUACCCGUCUCACCCUCUCAGGGUCUCGUCUCGGCAGACGACCUGUCCCCAUGUGACCUCACCCGCCUCGGCUUCAUCUCUCACAUCGAGCUCUCCACCUUCCUGCUCGCUCUGGGUGUCCAAACCAAACGCCACCGCCCGCCGCGCCACAGGACUCGAGACAGCGGCGUCUUCUCUGUUCCUCUGAACUCGCUGCUGGAAAACGACAGGAAGAAGUUUCCAGGAGUUAAAGUUCCUGUCGUCUUCCAGAAGUUGUUGUGUAUUUUAGAGCAGACCGGUCUACAGACUGAAGGGAUUCUCAGAGUUCCAGGAUCAGCUGCUAGACUAAAGUAUCUGCGUAGAGAGUUAGACAGGUGUUGUGGAGAGUUUGACUGGUCUGCAGUGAGACAGGUGGAGGCUGCAGGUCUCCUGAAGCUCUUCAUCAGAGAGCUGCCGACACCUCUGCUGACACACACACACCUGUCCACAUACCGCUCUGUGCUGGGUGUGUCCUCGGUGGUCCACCAGGUUCAGGCUCUGCAGCUGCUGUCGCUUCUGCUUCCUGAAGCCAACAGAGACACACUCAGAUCUCUGCUGGUCUUCCUGCGUCAAGUGGUCUCUCAUCAGGACCAGAACCGGAUGUCUCUGUGGAACGUCUCCAUGGUGAUGGCGCCAAACCUGUUCACCUACCGUCACCGUGGCAACAAGCGCUACACCGCCAGGAAGCAGGAGGAGCUGGAGGAGGCGGUGGGCGGAGCUCACCUGGUCCAGCUGAUGAUCACACACCAGGACUUGUUGUGGACCGUCCCCAGCUUCCUGCUGUCUCAGGUGAGACAGAUGAACCAAGCGUCCAAUCAGAAACAGUUCGACCUGACAAGGGCCAAGAAACUGCUGAGGAGGAAGAACGACAGAAACCAGAUUACAGAGCUGUGUGCAGGUGUGAUCAGGGUUCACGCCCCCAUGCACACUAAGGUUUCCAUGGCGAUACAGCUUGAUGGACAGAUUAGAGCCAGAGACGUCAUCACCCGCUUUGAGUUUGACAACAGCAGUUCUGUUCAGCAUCUGUAUGAAGUCGGAGGAAACAUCUGUGAGCGGCGUCUCCACCGAGACUGCGUGCUAUUGGACGUGUACAGAGUGAACCCUCGCUGUGAUUGGCUGAUCAAACCCUGACUCCUCA